UUCCCUUCUCCUCGUAUUGAAAGCUGAGUCUCCUCUGUUUGUUCUUCUUAUGGAGUCCCUAGCUCCAAGACCCAAUUUUUCAUUCCCCUCUAACCCAAUUUGAGGUAGAAAUCUAACCAAAGAAAGCUAAGAUCCAAUUUUGGUUCCUCAGUAACCAAAUCUGAAAUAGAAAUCUAACCAAAGAGAGCCUAAAUUCAUUCAUGGAGGUCAUGUCGACAAUCAAAGUUCACAGAUCUCCCUUGCGUUCUUCUUCAUGUUUCUCCAAGACCCAUUCGAGUUUAAAUGAUUUUAGAAGAACCCAUUUGCGUUUAAAUGAUUUUAGAAGAACCCAUUUGAGAUUUCAGCCUCUGGUAGCCUCUAGCUUUAAGGAGAUCAAAUGGGGGAAUUCCCUCAAAACAGGGGAUCUGAUGAUGGUGAGAGAUGAAGAAGGGAUUAGUAAGGUGAGGAAAGCAGCAGCGGCGGCGGCGGCAGAAGAUAGGAGAGGAAGAUCAGUAAAGUGUAGGGCGGAGAGCGUGGAGAAAGGAGGGAUUUUGAUAGGAACAGAAACUGGAUUUCGGUUGCCGGAGAGAUUGAAGGUGGUGACUCUAAUGGCAUUCAUCAUGUGUAUCUGUAAUGCAGACAGAGUCGUCAUGUCUGUUGCAGUUGUGCCUCUCUCUGCUAAAUAUGGAUGGAACAGUUCCUUCUUGGGGAUCGUUCAGUCAUCCUUCCUAUGGGGAUAUGUUCUCUCAUCUGCUGUUGGAGGAGCCUUAGUGGACAAGUAUGGUGGGAAGAGAGUCAUGGCAUGGGGUGUGGCUAUUUGGUCUUUGGCCACUCUCCUCACGCCGUGGGCCGCCGAUCACUCCAUUGGCAUGUUAUUGGCUGUCCGUUCCCUCUUUGGACUCGCCGAAGGAGUUGCUCUACCUUCAAUGAACACUCUCUUGUCUAGGUGGUUCCCAAGCCAUGAGCGUGCAAGUGCAGUUGGAUUUUCCAUGGCUGGAUUUCAUCUUGGGAAUGUUACAGGAUUGCUGCUAACUCCUAUUUUAAUGAUGAAACUUGGAAUUUCUGGUCCUUUUAUACUAUUUUCAAUGCUUGGACUACUCUGGCUCACAAUUUGGGCAUUUCGUAUCACAAAUGAUCCACGAGAAAGUUACACAAUAGAUAAGAUGGAGUUGCGGUUGAUCCAAGCUGGAAAAUCAGAUCCUCUGGUUAACAAUGCCAAGCCUCCAUCUUUUCGCCUACUCUUCUCAAAGCUACCCACUUGGGCAAUCAUCUUUGCUAAUGUCACCAACAAUUGGGGGUACUUUGUUCUUCUUUCAUGGAUGCCUGUGUAUUUCAAGACUGUCUUCAAUGUAAACUUGAAACAAGCUGCUUGGUUUAGUGCCAUCCCAUGGGGAAUGAUGGCAGCUGCGGGUUACGUCGCAGGUGCAGCCUCAGAUUACUUGGUUAAGGAAGGCUACUCUACAACACUGGUCCGGAAGAUCAUGCAGUCUAUUGGCUUCAUUGGACCUGGGGUAUCAUUACUCUGCUUGAAUUUUGCAAAGACACCCACAGCUGCAGCCAUGAUCUUGACUGUUGCAUUGAGCUUGAGUUCUUUCAGCCAAGCUGGUUUUCUCCUCAACAUACAAGAUAUAGCUCCCCAGUAUGCAGGGUUGCUGCAUGGGAUUGCAAAUUCAAUUGGGACAGUAGCAGCAAUAGUCAGCACUAUUGGAACUGGUUACUUUGUCCAGUGGUUGGGAUCUUUCCAGGCUUUCCUAACUGUAACAGCAGGACUGUACUUCAUUACAACAAUAUUCUGGAAUCUCUAUGCGACAGGAGAGCAAGUCUUCUAGGCUGGAAGAAAUGUCCAAGAACUGUUCGGUUUGUCAAAUUAGACCAUCUUUAAGGAUGAAACAUUACAGCCCCAAAAGAGAUACUAAAAAGGGCAAUCAAAACUAAUGAUUUGGGUGCUCAAACAGAGGUUGGUAGAAAAAGAAGACAAGCUAUAAAAGAAGGCAAGAUUGGUUGUCAAGGUGGGAAUACUUGAUUCAGGUGAUUUGGAGCAUGGUGGUUUGCUGAGUGUACAAUCUUGAAUUCAUUCUUCUUUAUUUCAGACCUCCACCCAAAAAAAAAAAAAAAAAAAAAAAAAAAAUUAUUUUCUAUUUGUAAGCAAGUGUAAUAUAUAUAGGGAUAGAACCUUAUAUGAGAUGAACUUAUAUGUUAUGUAGAUACAUUAAGAGAGUGUAUAGAUCAAUGUUGAUGUUCCAAGAUUUUGAUGAAGGCUUAGACGUGUCACUUGACACUUUCCUAAA